AUGCGUACCAGGCAUUUAUCGACUACCGCCCGGUCUCCAGGUUCAACAACUUCGAGAAUUUCUCCCGGUCCACGCGGGAGGGCGGCGUGCACAGCUUCCCCGCGGGCGACGCCAGAGCGCUGCCGGCCCUCAUCGACCAGUUCGACUGGGCGAUCGUCAACAAGCGGUUCGAGCACUUCCGGGCCGCCGACCCCCAGAGCGUCUGGCUCACCCCGAAGCCCGGUAACCUCGAGUUCCUCCUCGAGGCGUGGAGCGGGCGUUCGACCCCUCCCGGGCCGACCGGGUGCUGGUCGUCGGCAACGAGGACGUGUGGCUCUCGGAGGCCCUCGGCGGCGUGCGCGGGAGAGCGGCGUCGACGACCCGGAGGGCUACGCGCGCCAGCGCGACCUGGCGCGACCGAUGCUGGCGACGGUGGGCCGGCUGCGGGCGUUCUUCUGGCGCAUCUUCUUCGAGGCGAAGGACGUCGAAGUGGAAGGUGUGAGGACGAUGCCGAUCGGCCUCACGGAGUUCUUCCUGCGCGGCGGCGUCGCGGAGACCGCCGCCGCAGCCAUCGCGAGCGCCAGCGUGGCCGACAAACCGGGCAUGGUCAAGGGCGCCUUCAACUUCUACCACGACCUGUCGCACUGCACCAGGGGCUGGGGAGAGGCGCAGCGCCUACGGACCGCGGCGCGCGACUGGAGCCGCGGCGCGGCGGCGCGGGCGGCGAGGGUGGAUUCCACGCUGACCAAGCGGGCCGACUGGUGGGCCGAGGUGGCACGCCACAGGUUCCUGAUGGCGCCGAACGGUUGCGGGGUGCAGACCCCCAAGCAGCUCGAGGCGCUCCUCGUGCUCACGAUACCCAUCGCCCGCCGGGGGCCGUACCCCGCCUUCGACGAUCUCGUCAGAUACGGCUUCCCCCUCGUCGUUGUGGACGAGUGGGACGACCUGACGCCAGAGAGGCUUUCAUCCUGGUGGGAGGAGAUGUCGCCUCGACUGCCAAGCUUCCGCGACAACUGUCUGACCAGCGACGGCUACUGGCGACUCUUCACGGGUGAGGCCGAGCGUUGCCAGUAG